AAUAACUUAACACCAAUGAGAGAGAAAAUACUGUAGGUCAGCUUGUUGUUAGUGAAGACAGCGGUACGAGAAGCUUGACUCAACGUAAACAACAAGCUUAGAGUCGGUCGGUGCAUCACGGACGAGGAGACUAGAACAACUUGCAUACAUAAUAAGAGGAAAUUAUAGAUAUAUAGGAGUAGAAAGUGAUGGCAGAAGAUUGGAAAUCAUGGUCGUUCAGGCAGAAGAUCAUCAUGCAGCUGGAAGAUCAUAUUCGACAAACUCCAGCUGGUAGUUCGAGAGGAGCACAUGACCUGGAACUUCAGGUGUUCCAAAGGGCGACCAAGAAAGAUGAAUAUCUGCAGUUCAUUGGACGUAUUUUAAUGCAUUUGACUGAUUUGAUUCAAAGUAAUAAUCAACAAAGUAAUAACCCACACCUUGCUGAAGUCUUAACACGCCAACCAGGGCCUGGUGCUAGGAUGACGGGUGGUACGGCUAGUCAGAUGAUAGGACCAGGUGGACCAGUUGUAACUGGUCCAAACACCACAACCAUAAUGCAGGGUGCACCCAGAAUUGGUCAGCCUAUGCCAGCUAACAUACCAAAUCAGGCUGCAGAUAUGGCUAAUUGGCCAACAAAUAAUCGUCAGCGGUUAAAUGAGAUGCAAAUGUCUGGUGUAAACAAAAAGCCACCUGUGAUGACUAUGAGUCAACUUGGUUCUCAGCCUUUGAAGAUAAAUCAAAUUCAAAUGACUAUUGGUGGUCCAAGUGGUGCUACAACUCAGAUUGGACCAGUUAGUGGCCAGUUAAUUAAUAAUGUAGGGCGGGGUGCAGCCACUAUGCAACCGCGUGUGCCCUCUCCUGGAUUUGCACGACAGGGGACACCUACACCUACUAGUGCCUCGCCGGCCCCACCUUUGUCUGCUCCAAAUAGUCAGCCAUCACCAGCAUUUGUAUCUCCCUCACCCUCAUCCAGCAUGGUACCCUCACCAGUUGCAGGGGGUAACAGCGGCGGCAUGGGUCGAGGUGCAAGUCACCUCGGAGCUCCUUCUCCAAGUGGGAUGAUCAACACCCCUGGUCAGUCUCAGCAGCCUUCUCCAGCUCCUCAGUCUAUAUCCAGUAGCCAGGUGGAAGAUGCUGCAUACAGGGAGAAGGUACGUCAACUCCACAAGUAUGUAGUUCCUUUACGACGUAUGAUACAAAGAAUUGGAAAUGAUGAUGCAGAAAAAACAAAGAAAAUGAAACAGCUUCAUGACAUGCUGCAAAAUCCUCAACGACGAAUGCCAAUGGAAACAUUGUUGAAGUGUGAAAUAGUUUUAGAGAAAUUGGAAAUUAAUCGUGAUGCUGAGACUGAAGCACCGGUGCCACCAAAUAUGGAGACUUGCAUUGCAAAUGUGGAAGAGUCUCUGACCACUGUACUAAAGUCCCCAUGUGCUGCUCAUACUUUACACCGCACAGUAUCUCCCGCUCUGUCAGUGUUGUUGGGUCCAACUUACGUCACUCACCCAGUCAAACACUUUAAACGAGACAACCCUCUUCAACCUCCACCAGAGACACCAAAUAUUAGUGAUAUUGUCCAAGGUGAAGUAGCUCGGCUUAAUGCUCGCUUCAGAGUCAAUCUGGAUUGCCAGAUGCCACCUGGAAGUGAUGAGCUGACUCUCAUUUGUCAACUUGAUGACCCCAACCUACCUUGCAUCCCUCCCAUAACCCUUACAGUUCCUGCUAAAUACCCAGAGAAACCUCCACGGUGUGACUUGCUGUCAGUUGAUUAUGAAACGACAGAUUUCUUAAAAAGCAUUAGAGAAAGUAUGCUAGUAAGACUGCAAAAUAUGCCUCCUCACUGUAGCCUCACCAUGAUGCUGCAUAGCUGGGAGAUGAGUGUACGUCAAGCUUGUGCUCCAAAGUCUUCAAUGACUUCAGCAAUAGCCAGUGCUCUAUCAAUGAAUAGUGCAUUUUAGGUUCAUAAAGGCUUCUUUUUAAAAAUGCACUACAGCUGAACAGUUCUUAUUAUACAGGUUGCUUACUUCUGAACUAGGAUGUACAGUCACCCACAAAAGUCCUGUCUCCUCUCCUGCUGUUCACGAACUCCGAGAUUCAGACUCAUGAACCCGAAGCAAUAGACACUGAUGCAUUAUUCUGUUCAUAAAUGCUUCGGCUUCACGAGUCUGAAUCUCGGGGUUUGUGGUUCAGGAGGAGAAGUGACAGGACUUUUGUGGGUGACUGUACCUAUUACCCAUUUAUGCAAGAUAUCAUGAUACCAAUCACCCUUUCCUCCCUGCCAAUCCUUUGCCUUAUUUUUUAGGGUAAUUGAGUGUAAAAUUGGCCCUCUUGGAGCAAGGAGGCCUAAAGUGAGCAGAGCUCCCCUGUCAUUACACUUAUGCCAAGGCAUAUCUUUAUUAGGGUAAUAAGAAUCCAGGAUCAGCACAUCACUCAUUCUUAUUCCUAGCUGGCUGCUAUUGAGAGUAGAGCUUCUUUUUAUACUCUCCCUUGGUUGUUUCUACACAAUGUCAAGUGUCAAAGCUCCCUUGGGACACUAAAGAGAUACCCAGAAAGAAGUACAGGAAGGUCCCUCUUAGCGAACCAUAUGUAUUCCUGAAAAAAUGUUUGUUAGUUAGAGUUUCUUUUUAGUCAGUGGGAAAGGGGGCUGGGAGGUAAGCAGGGAGACAUGUUGUGUCAAGCUGAGGAAGCGUCUGGCAAAUUGUUACAAAAUGGUUGUCUGAUUGCUCAGCUAUGUCACCAUUAGUGAGAUGGCUAAGGAAGGGGAGGGAGUGUGUGUUAUUGUUUAGUUCACAGAGUUCUUUAAGCUUACCAUACUUCUGACUGAUGUUGGUCUGCUUCAGGUGUUGCAACUUGGUUGGGUAGUGGGACUUUUUUGCCGUGUUUAUUUCACAGAUGACUUGGUUGCAAAGGGAUCUAUAGCAGUUGUGGUCAUUGAGAUAAAAGGCAUUGUCUCUUUGUUGCAUAAGUCUUUUGAUCUGAGGUGUGAUCCAGGGCAAGUCAGCUGGGUGUAAUCUGACAGACUUCUCCGGGAAGAAGUGGUGGUGAGCUUCCGUGGUGGUUUAAUUUAUCCAUUUGGUGUCCACAUCAUCCACGCUAAGUACUUCAGUCCAGGGAUGGUGAACCAUCCACUGCCCAAAGAGACUCACUGCAGUGUCAGUAAUUGGCCUGUAGGGUCAUGAUGUAGGGUCCCUGCACUUGGCUGGUAGUGGGAGCUGGAGACCAGAACACUGAUAGGUGUGUGCUACACCCGAUAGGAGGCAUUGGUUGAGGAGAUUGGUAUUGGUCCAUUAAGUCAGUUAAGAUAGGGUCAAGGGCAUUUUGGCCGUGUGUGGGGAAGUUCACAGCUUGUGAUAGUAGCAGCUGGUCCUGGAUAUCAGUGGUGUAAAUUUCAUUAUAAUCCCUGCAUAGUACUAGCAUGGCAGGGUAUGUAUGUACAGUACAGUGGUCCCUCAGAUAACGAACGCCUCGGUUAACGAAAUUUCGGUUAACGAAUUACCUUCCAUAAGAAUCUUCAUUUCGGUUAACGAAA